AUGUAAAAUCCGCAAAAAUAUCUAAAACUUUUAGAUUGACAAAACUUAGGGUUUAGCGCUUGAUAAUUGAGAAUGGCGACGCCGGCGACUUCACCGAACUCCGAAUCCGAUUCCGACAUCGAAACAAGCCCGGCGAAGAACCGGACGCCCGGCCCGAAUCCUCAAUUCACAUCUGAUGCGUUAACCACAGCAAUUCCGUCUAGUCCUGUCGUAUGCCUCCUAAGGUUCGCCGGUGACUCUGCCGCUGGCGCUUUCAUGGGCUCCAUUUUCGGCUAUGGCUCAGGAUUGAUAAAGAAGAAAGGCUUUAAAGGAUCCUUUGGGGAAGCAGGAGCUUCAGCAAAGACUUUUGCAGUUUUAUCAGGUGUUCAUAGUUUAGUUGUCUGUUUCUUGAAGAGAUUACGGGGAAAAGAUGAUGUUAUCAAUGCUGGAGUAGCUGGAUGUUGCACUGGUCUUGCCCUAAGUUUUCCAGGUGCACCACAGGCGCUAUUACAGAGUUGUCUCACAUUUGGGGCAUUUUCGUUCAUCAUCGAAGGUCUUAACAAGCAGCAACCUGCAUUAGCACUUACAUCGUACAUGAAUGUCAAAAGUAGGCAGCAAUAUGGUGUGCUUGCUCCUUUAUCACUACCUCUACCAAAUGAGCUCAAGGAAUCCUUUUCAUUCUUCUGCCAGUCCCUUAAAAAUCGUCGACAUGUUUCUGGUUAGACAGUGAAGAAAUGCAACAAAAUGUGGUUGAAUUGGCAUGAUUAUCAAGUUUUGUAAAUUGUAAUCGACUUUCUUUUAUUUUGCAUUAUGAGUUGUGAUUCGUGACUUUCUUUUAUUAAUAUGCAAUCUAGAUAAUUUUCCCAGGGA